CAUUUCUCAGACAUUUCUGAGACGUUUCUGAGACGACUCCGACCAUCUCAGGACAGGGGAACCUAUCUGAAGAGGAUCCAUCGACUCCUCCUCCAGAACAAGGAGAAGUUGGCCCGGAUCCUGACGCGAGAGAACGGAAAACCGCUGAAGGAGAGCCUGGGAGAAGUGGAAUUCUCGGCGAGCUUCUUCGAAUGGUACGCGGAGGAAGCCCGUCGCCUCUACGGGGAGCACAUCCCCGGCACAGCCGAGUCCAAAGUCUGCAUUCACGUCCGGGAGCCCGUCGGGGUCGCCGCGCUCAUCACGCCU